AGAUUAUCAUCGAAAUCAAACUUAAUAUUAUAGUUUGAAUAGAAGUACCAAAUAUUAGUCCAACCACUACUUUUGCAGUCUCCUUCAAAUUUCAAGCAACAACAGUUGAAUUUAAAGAAAAGUACUCUUCUUUCUCCCUCUUUUCACAUUUCUCACCAAACCCACCAUUUUUUCUUGCAUAAUCUAUCGAAUCCCUCAUCAAACCCAUCUUUUUCUCUGUGGGUUUUCUUGUUCUCAUCAAACCCAUUAACCUUCUGAUCUCAAUCUCAAUCUCAAUCUCAAUCUCAUGGGGAAAGGAUUGUUCGAUUUAGAGCAUCACUUUGCUUUCUAUGGAGCUUACCACAGCAACCCGACGAACAUCCUCAUCCAUAUGCUCUUCGUUUGGCCCCUCUUCUUCACUUCGCUAAUUCUAUGGCACUUCACUCCUCCUCUGUUCGUCCUUAGUCUCCCUUUGGGCCUUGAUUUGGGCCUCAACUUCGGCUUUUUCUUAGCCCUCCUCUACGCUUUCUUCUAUGUGCUUAUGGAUGCCAAGGCGGGAUCUUUGGCUGGUUUCCUUUGUAUUCUUUGUUGGGUUGGAGCUGAUCUGCUUGCUGCCAGCGCUGGGUUCUCUCUCGCAUGGAAGGUUGUUGUAGCUGCACAGUUAUUUUGUUGGGCUGGGCAGUUUAUUGGACAUGGCGUUUUUGAGAAGCGAGCACCAGCACUUUUGGACAACCUUUCUCAAGCUUUUCUAAUGGCUCCGUUCUUCGUUUUUCUAGAGUUGCUUCAGAGCUUUUUCGGGUACGAACCAUAUCCUGGUUUUCAAGCUAGUGUAAAAGCAAAGAUUGAAGCUAACCGCAAAGAAUGGCAAGAUAGCAAACAGAAGAAAGCUUCAUAAUUUAUAUGCUCUCUCAAUGUGUAAUCCUUAGAUUAUUCCUAUAUAUUUGAAAUGACGUUGCUCUUUUGAGUUUGCUUUACUCUAGUAUAUCAUGAUGUAUUGAGAAGGGGGAAACAGCUUGUCUAAGCUUUGAAACAGUUUGUCUUUUUAGUUACCGAUGAUCAUGUAUCAAUGAAAACAACGGAAACUUCUUUGAUGUAUGGGGUGGUAUGUGGGGCUGAAGGAAGUUAAAAGAUUUCAUGA